AAAAAACGAUUAGAAUUGAAAGCAUACCAAAAUUACAGCUCUGCCAUUUUGUAUGGCGACGGCGCUAGUGUCCUACAAGGGUUCCUUUUCUUGGGGACAUUCUUAAAAUGUCGGAGAACCCUGAAUAGACAACUGAGCCUUGCACACUCGUUGGCUUGGGAAGCUUGAAUUUUCCAGGAUGAGUGCACUUGUUCGCAAAAAUCUCACCUGUUUAGUUUGGAAGAACAUUGCGUAUGGACGCAAAUCCCAUGUUUCUUCCUCUCAUUCUCUGCUUUAUUUCUGUACCUCUACUGAUGGGCAGCCUCUAAGCGACGUUUCUGUCUCUGAUUUCUUGUUGCAUAAGCACAACUUUUCUCCUGAAGUGGUUUCCAAGGUUGCCUCAGUUUUGGCUCGGCUUAAAAACCCAGAAGAAUCUAAUUCAAUACUCUCAUACCUCAAAGAGAGUGGCUUUUCACAUACCCAAUUAGAGAAAAUUGUGAAGUAUAGGCCUCGGUUCCUCUUGGCUAGACUUGAUGACAGCAUCAAGCCGAAAAUCAAGAUUUUCCAAGACUUGGGCCUUUCUUCCGAUGAAAUUGCCAAGGCGAUCUCAAGUAAUCCAGCGAUUUUGCAUUUAAGCGCCAAGAACAACAUCAUUCCCUCAUUAUCUGUGUUAAAGAGAUUGGUGGGAUCUAAUCGUGAAGUGGCGAAGCUUCUGAAGUUAUCCGCGUGGUUCGUGACAUCGGAUUUGGAGAAAACCAUGGUGCCCAAUGUCGAAUUCUUGAAGAGCUGUGGCGUACCUAUGGAGCGUAUCAAUAUGCUCAUUUAUAAUUACCCGAGGUGUCUCUUGCUCCAUCCAGAAAUUAUAAGGCAAUCUGUAAGUAAGGCUGAGAAACUGGGGAUGGAUCGAAAAUCAAAAAUGUUUAUUUAUGCUGUUCGAAUUAUAGCUUCAAUGAGCCAGGAGACUUGGGAAUUCAAGAUGCAAGCUUUCCGGGAUUUGGGGUUUUCAGAAAGCGAUAUAUUGGCAAUGUUUAAGAAGGCGCCAUCUUUGUUUUCUGGAUCCAUGGAGAAAAUAAGGAAUGUAAAAGAGGUUCUACUUGCCACUGGGAAGAUCAGUAUGUCCUGUAUUGUCAAGAACCCGAUGUCACUUGCAUGCAGCAUUGAAAAGAGGUAUAAGCCACGGCUGCGAAUUUUGGAAAUGUUGGAAAGCAGGAAUCUAAUUGAAAAUUGGCCUAGUCUUGGAACAAUUUACACGUAUACAGAUGACAAAUUUUUCAAUAAAUAUAUCCCUAAGUUGGCGAAGGAUACAGCACAGAAUGUCUUGUUAGGGGAAAGAGAGACAUGCGGCUUGAAGCAUCUGCUUAAAGAACUGGAAUGAAGUAGUAGUCAUUAGGUCAAUCAACAAGUGAACGUCGGGACUCUGGUCGUUAGUGUUGUGCUGCCUUUUGGAAAGAUGACUAAUAUAAUAGGUACCUUGCUUAUUAACACUUUAAGUUCAUAAUGAUUCUCUAUGAUUCAUCUUUGAAAGCUGGUUUCACCCUUUUCUUUUGUCGUGUCUUUGGAGCAUUUUUUGCAUCCUGGAUAUUGUUGUAUUUUUAUCAUUUUGAAGCACGUUCCAAUGCGAAGUUUGCAUUGCCAACUUCAUGUCAUGAGACGUGUUUUGUCCAGCCAUUUGAGUUAUGUUUCCCUUUCUACUAGAGAUCUUAGAUCUUGGACUAUGGUAGGGAAAACAUUGAAUAAUCUUGCCUCACUCCGGAAGGAUACAGUUUUAUGCUGUAUAUUUUAGUACUUUUCCUGUUUCUAUUCCGCAGUAGGAUCUAUUGCCAUGGCCAUUGUAAUUGUGGUUAAUAUUUCUUUU